AUGGCCGACGGCGUCAUUGCAAAUGGAGAUUAUGCAGUUGCGGAUGAGAACGGGGAAAAGAAGAGCAUCGUCCUCAUCAGGGACAGCGGGUCCCUGCGCGUGGGCAAGGUGCAAGUGAGCACCGCCCCCCUCGUGGGCGCUCCAUGGGGCAGCAUGUGGGAGCUGGUGGCGGGCAGCAACGAGCUGGAGCGGGUCACGCAGUAA